UAUUUUGAUUUUAAUUUUGAAUGAAUAGAAAAGAAACGGAAGAGGAAGAGUUUACGUUGUGCAACUUCUUCUUCUUUGUGGGAGUUUCCUUUUAUUUAUUCUCUGAUUUUACAGAUUAAUCGAGUCGCAAGCGUUUCUCUGGAGAACGAUAGUAAACUUUGGUUGAAAAGAAAAUGCGUUGCCAUGAGGUAAAAUCUUGGACAUUUUCGGGUUUGGUGGCAGCGUUUCUUGAUCUCUCUGUAGCUUUCUCGCUACUAUGCGCCUCUUCGCUCGUUUAUUUAACCUCCAAGCUGCUCGGUGUCUUCGGUUUGACCCUCCCCUGCCCUUGUGAUGGCCUGUUCAGUGACAAGAACAAGUGUUUCCAAGAGACUCUAGUGAAUCUUCCUGUUAAAAAGAUCUCUUCUGUGCAAAGCUCCGUGAUAAGUACAUCACCUUUUGAUUCACUUCUCUAUAAAGAAGCCAAUGGUGGAAAGAAGAGAAAAGGAGAGCCUAGUAGACACGUUGAGUUUGAGAAAGAGGUGGUCUUUAGAACUCCGGAGGUUGAGAAUGCUUCAUGUUUCGAUCUUCUAACUUCGCAGAGUUUAAAGAAAGGGAGUUUUAAAGUCAAGAGUAAGCGUCUCAGCUUCUAUGGUCUCAAGAACCAUUGCCAAAGUAAGCAUUCUCCGCAAUCUCCUGCUGAGGAAAUUAACCAUUCUCUUCUUGUUAACUCCAAAGAUUGUGGAAAAGACUUGGAGGAUGUGUCCUUGAGGAAAAGUGUUUCACUUUGUUCUAUUGGGUGUGAAGAUGGUGGUACUGGGAACAAUCAACCAGAGAGGACAGUAUCAUGGGCGGGAGAGGGUACAUGCACUUCACCUAUUGAACAAGUGCUUGAGGAAGAACGAGCUUCACGUGCUGCAUUAGCUCUUGAACUGGAGAAAGAGAGAAACGCUGCAGCGACUGCUGCGGACGAGGCUUUGGGUAUGAUACUGAGGCUACAAGAGGAGAAAGCUUCGAUAGAGAUGGAAGCUAGGCAGUAUCAGCGGAUGAUAGAGGAGAAGUCUGCUUUUGACGCGGAAGAGAUGAGCCUUCUCAAAGAGAUUUUGCUGAGGAGGGAGAGGGAGAAACAUUUCUUGGAGAAAGAAGUUGACACCUAUAGGCAAUUGUUUCUUGAGACUGAGCAACCUCUUCCCAACACCCCAGAUUCCAAACAACCAACUGAAUCAUUGGAUGACUCUUUUGGAUUUGACAUUUUCACUAACCAGAUGGACAAUCGUAUUCUUGAUGGGGAAAUGAAGGUGAAUGGAGUAGAUGACGAUCAAGAGAUUGUUACAGAACAACAAGAACGAGAGGAGGGUACUUUACUUUCAGAACCAGUGGCUGAGUCUACCAAGGUUGGUGAGGACUCCGACGACAUUGAUUGCUGUGUACAUGAUAUCCAUGUGGUGAAAGAUGAAGAUAACAAAGUGCAACUGAAUGUUCCUUUGGACCAUGUCGUACGGGAUCUCAAACUGGAUAGAUCACAAAGUGUUUUAGGUACAAGUUAUCUACUUCCACCGGCGUGUCCACAAGGACGAAGGAUCUUGUCUCCAAAUAUGCGCAGAAACUCAAUGUCAGCUGUUGACUAUGAGAGACUGAAAAUAGAGAGUGAAGUUGGUUUGCUGAGGGGACGUUUGAGAGCUGUACAGAAGGGAAGAGAGAAGAUCAGUUUCUCUUCCAAGGAGCAGAGCAAAUCGGUUUUGGGAGAUAAAACAAGUCGGUUUUGGGAGGCUAGAAGAUCGGAACCUAUCGACUCUUCAAGCCCUUCUUCCACAAUGGUUAAAGCUAUGUCUAUGUCACUGGACCUGCAUAGUGCUUGAAAAUUGAAACGACAAGGUAUGAAUUUACUCGCAUAAAGCAACACAAAUAUACAGUAUGGGCAACACAUUGUAGUUUGUACAAUGUCUGCCAAACUCUAUGUUGGUUUUUGCUUGGAUAUCUGUUUUAAGAGUUUUUGUCUCAAACAUUGUACUAUAAACGGUGUCGUUUCAGAACAAAACAUGGACGCUUUUUUGGUGUCUUUAAUUAUAAAUGGUCGGAAUACUUUCUCUUUUC